GCCAGUUACACGAAGUUAACAUGAUCGUGAGUUGGGGGUAUAGACAAGCAUAUUGGUUGGGAGUGUGGUGGGUGUGAGCCGUGUAACCAGAUGACCACGUGGGGUGGACUGAGCCAAUCGUGGAUGGGAGUUAUUCGGUCAUUGCAUCGGCAGACUGCGCGAAGAAUGAAAACCUGGACGGACUGUUAAAAAGUACCAUAAGCUCAGUUGACAAUCCGACGGAAAGGUGAGGUACCGACCAGUUCUUACACAGUUAACGAUCGGAAGGCUUUGAUAACUAAUAGUGGCUGUAAUUGUCAGCUACGUUACUGCUUUCCGACUCGUGGUUCUAGUCAUUUCUUACCAAGAACAGGUUGUAAACGAGCCUCCACCCGUAUCCCAGGAUUCUCUGCUGAGCUGAGCAGCCAUGUCGGCCAAAGCCGUGUCGGAGCAGACGGGGAAGGAGCUGCUGUACAAACACAUCUGCACCGCUGCGGCCGUGCAGAACCGCUUCAGGUGUGCCAGCGUGACGCCCCACACCGACUGGGCCCAGCUGAGCCAGGACCACCCCUGGCUGCUCACCGAGAGGCUGGUGGUGAAGCCGGAUCAGCUGAUCAAGCGGCGUGGGAAGCUGGGCCUGGUGGGCGUGAACCUGGACCUGAGGGGCGUGCAGGAGUGGCUGAAGCCCCGCCUCCUGAAGGAGACCAUGGUGGGGAAGACUAAGGGCAUCCUGAAAAACUUCCUCAUCGAGCCCUUUGUGCCUCAUAAGCAGGAUGAGGAGUUCUAUGUGUGUAUCUAUGCGGCGCGGGAGGGGGACUACGUGCUCUUCCACCACGAGGGCGGGGUGGACGUGGGGGACGUGGACUCCAAGGCCCAGAAGCUGCUGGUGGGCGUGGCCGAGCAGCUGGGCGAGGACGCGGUGAAGAGCCGGCUGCUGGCCCAUGUCAGGCCCGACAGGAAGGAUGCCCUGGCCAGCUUCAUCACCGGACUCUUCCACCUCUACGAGGACCUGUACUUCACCUACCUGGAGAUCAAUCCCCUGGUGGUGACCCAGAGUGGCGUGUUCGUGCUGGACAUGGCGGCCAAGAUUGACGCCACAGCAGACUACAUCUGCAAGGCCAAGUGGGGCGACCUGGAGUUCCCCCCUCCCUUUGGGAGAGAGGCCUACCCUGAGGAGGCCUACAUUGCUGACCUGGAUGCUAAGAGCGGGGCCAGUCUGAAGCUCACCCUGCUGAACCCACAGGGAAGGAUCUGGACCAUGGUGGCUGGGGGAGGGGCCUCUGUGGUGUACAGUGACACCAUCUGUGACCUGGGCGGGGUCGAUGAGCUGGCCAAUUACGGGGAGUAUUCCGGAGCCCCCAGCGAGCAGCAGACCUACGACUACGCCAAGACCAUCCUGUCCCUCAUGACCCGCGGGAAACACCCGGAUGGGAAAGUCCUCAUCAUCGGAGGAAGCAUAGCGAACUUCACCAAUGUGGCGGCUACGUUUAAGGGCAUCGUGAGGGCCAUACGGGACUACCAGGGGCCCCUGAAGGAACACGAGGUCAGCAUUUUUGUGCGACGGGGCGGGCCCAACUACCAGGAGGGGCUGAGAGUGAUGGGGGAAGUGGGUAAAACCACCGGCAUUCCCAUCCACGUCUUCGGCACGGAGACCCACAUGACUGCCAUCGUCGGCAUGGCGCUGGGCCACCGGCCAAUCCCCAAUCAGCCCCCCAUGGCUGCCCACACCGCCAACUUCCUGCUCAACUCCGGCAGCUCCUCGACCCCGGUCACCAGCAGGACCUCUUCCUUCUCUGAGCCCAAACCUGGCAGCGGGGCGUCUCCCUCAAAAACAGCCAAACCGGGCUUCCCCCCAGCCAAAGCCUCCACUCUGUUCAGUGAGCACACCAAGUCCAUCGUGUGGGGCAUGCAGACGCGGGCUGUGCAGGGCAUGCUGGACUUCGACUACGUGUGCUCCCGCGAGGAGCCGUCCGUGGCCGCCAUGUUGUACCCCUUCACCGGGGACCACAAGCAGAAGUUCUACUGGGGACACAAGGAGAUCCUGCUGCCGGUGUAUAAGAACAUGGGCGACGCCAUGAAGAAGCACCCGGAGGUGGACGUGCUCAUCAGCUUCGCCUCCCUGCGCUCCGCCUUCGACAGCACCAUGGAAACCAUGCAGUACCCCCAGAUUCACACCAUCGCCAUCAUUGCUGAGGGCAUCCCUGAAGCCCAGACCAGGAAACUGAUCAAAAGGGCAGAUGAGAGGGGCGUCACCAUCAUUGGCCCGGCAACGGUGGGCGGAAUCAAGCCGGGCUGCUUUAAGAUCGGGAACACGGGGGGCAUGCUGGAUAACAUCCUGGCCUCCAAGCUGUACCGGCCCGGCAGCGUGGCCUACGUGUCCCGCUCCGGAGGCAUGUCCAACGAGCUCAACAACAUCAUCUCCCGAACCACCGACGGGGUCUACGAGGGCGUGGCCAUCGGGGGCGACAGGUAUCCUGGCUCCACGUUCAUGGAGCACGUGCUGCGCUACCAGGACACCCCCGGAGUGAAAAUGAUUGUGGUUCUGGGAGAGAUCGGAGGAACAGAGGAAUACAAGAUCUGCCAGGGAAUUCGGAAGGGCAGGAUCACCAAGCCGGUGGUGUGCUGGUGCAUCGGGACGUGCGCCACCCUGUUCACCUCUGAGGUGCAGUUUGGCCACGCCGGGGCCUGUGCCAACCAGGCCUCUGAGACAGCAGUGGCUAAGAACCAGGCCCUGAAGGAGGCAGGUGCCUUCGUUCCCAAGAGCUUCGACGAGUUGGGAGACCUCAUCAAGACUGUUUACGAAGACCUUGUUGCCAAGGGAACCAUUGUUCCUGCAGCGGAGGUACCCCCUCCAACGGUGCCAAUGGACUAUUCCUGGGCACGGGAGCUGGGUAUGAUCAGGAAGCCCGCCUCCUUCAUGACCAGUAUCUGUGACGAGCGGGGCCAGGAGCUGCUAUAUGCUGGCAUGCCGAUCACGGAGGUGUUCAAGGAGGAGAUGGGCCUGGGAGGAGUUCUGGGGCUCCUGUGGUUCCAGAGGAGGUUGCCGCGCUAUGCCUGCCAGUUCAUUGAGAUGUGCCUCAUGGUGACGGCGGAUCACGGCCCGGCGGUUUCCGGCGCACACAACACCAUCGUCUGCGCCCGUGCCGGCAAGGACCUCAUCUCCAGCCUGACCUCCGGCCUCCUGACCAUCGUAAGGCCCCCGCUAGCUCCUGCAGAGGCACUGUUCCCUUUGAUUUAGGAGAGACCCCCGCUAGCUCCUGCAGAGGCACUGUUCCCUUUGAUUUAGGAGA